GAGGCUGCGCAUCGCCCCGCUGCGGAGCCGCCGCCAGCCCGAGCCCAGCCCGCUGCGGCGCCGCUGCCGCCCGCCCGUCCAUGGAGCUGGAAAACAUCGUGGCCAACACCGUCCUGCUGAAAGCCAGGGAAGGGGGUGGAGGAAAGCGCAAAGGCAAGAGCAAAAAGUGGAAGGAAAUCUUGAAGUUCCCUCACAUUAGCCAGUGUGAAGAUCUCCGAAGAACAAUAGAGAGAGAUUACUACAGCUUAUGUGAAAAGCAGCCAAUUGGAAGGCUUCUCUUUCGGCAGUUCUGUGAAACUCGACCUGAGCUUGAGUGCUGCAUUAGAUUUCUUGACUCGGUGGCAGAAUAUGAAAUUGCUCCAGAUGAAACACUGGGAGAGAAAGGAAAGGAAAUCAUGAUGAAAUACCUCACCCCAGAGUCCCCAGUUUAUGUCACAGAAGUCAGUCGAGAUCUUGUCCAGCAGACGGAGGAAAAACUCGAAAUCAGCCCCUGCAAAGAGCUUUUUUCUCACUGUACAAAAUCUGUCCUUGACUACCUAAGUGGGGAGCCAUUUCAAGAAUAUCUAGACAGCAUGUACUUUGAUAGGUUUCUCCAGUGGAAGUGGCUGGAAAGGCAGCCAGUAACGAAAAACACAUUUAGACAGUACAGAGUACUAGGAAAAGGUGGUUUUGGGGAGGUGUGCGCUUGCCAAGUCCGGGCAACAGGGAAAAUGUAUGCCUGCAAGAGAUUAGAGAAGAAGAGAAUAAAGAAGAGGAAAGGCGAAUCCAUGGCACUAAAUGAAAAGCAGAUUUUAGAAAAAGUCAAUAGUCAGUUUGUAGUCAAUUUAGCCUAUGCCUAUGAAACAAAAGAUGCACUGUGUUUAGUUCUGACCAUAAUGAACGGGGGUGACUUGAAGUUCCACAUCUACAACAUGGGAAACCCAGGCUUUGAAGAGGAAAGAGCUCUGUUUUAUGCGGCGGAGAUUCUCUGUGGCUUGGAAGAUCUACACAGAGAAAAUACUGUGUACAGAGAUUUGAAGCCAGAAAACAUCCUAUUAGAUGAUUAUGGUCAUAUUAGAAUAUCUGAUUUGGGUCUAGCGGUUAAAAUUCCUGAGGGUGAAUCAAUCCGUGGAAGAGUAGGGACGGUAGGGUAUAUGGCCCCAGAAGUCUUGAACAAUCAGAGAUACACUCUCAGCCCUGACUACUGGGGACUCGGGUGUCUCAUUUAUGAAAUGAUUGCUGGACAAUCACCGUUUCGUGGAAGGAAAGAGAAGGUGAAGAGAGAAGAGGUGGACAGGAGAGUCCUGGAGACGGAAGAGGUUUACUCCCAUAAGUUUUCUGAGGAGGCCAAGUCUAUCUGUAAAAUGCUCUUAACCAAAGAUGUGAAGCAGAGGAUGGGCUGUCAGGGAGAAGGUGCGGCAGAAGUGAAGAGACACCCGUUUUUCAAGAGUAUGAAUUUCAAACGAUUAGAAGCAGGAAUGCUGGAUCCUCCCUUUGUCCCUGAUCCCCGAGCAGUGUACUGCAAGGAUGUGUUAGACAUAGAGCAAUUCUCAACAGUGAAAGGAGUAAACCUGGACCAAACAGAUGAUGAUUUCUAUUCUAAGUUUUCCACAGGAUCAGUAUCUAUACCAUGGCAAAAUGAGAUGAUCGAAACAGAGUGUUUUAAAGAGCUAAAUGUGUUUGGACCAAAUGGCACUAUUUCACCAGACCUAAACAAAAGCUACCCCCCAGAGCCACCCAAGAAAGGAUUACUACAUAGAAUAUUUAAACGACAGCAUCAAAACAAUUCAAAGAGUUCUCCAAAUUCAAAGGCCAGUUUAAAUCACCACAUAAAUUCCAACCAUGUAAGUUCAAACUCCACCGGAAGCAGCUAGUUCCAACUCAGCUUUUUUGAAACAACAUAUUGCAUCCUUCCACUCUAAUCUAAGGAGCUUCUAAGGAUGAGAGCGCAUCCACCAUUGAAUUAAAAAAAAAAAAAAAAAAAAAAUUC